AUGACCCUGUAUCCACCAUCAAGCUGCUGCAGCAAUGUUGAUUGCCUUCACACCAAGGAACUUAAAAAGGCAGAACAAAGACAAGUGGUCAUAUAUACACUGGCAAGCAGUGCCUGUCCAGCAUGGUCAGUACAUCUUUACUGUCCUGAUUGCUGCACAAACUAUCAUAAUAACUUCAAGGUUUGUGAUGGUACCCGAACAUACUAUCAAGGUUCACCAGCUUACCUCCAAGUUGGUGAAUGUUGA